CAGGUCCCAUUGGCGGGCGAGUGCGAGCACGUAUGCGCGCCCUUGCGCGUGCUGUCCGAGAUAAUAAUUUCCCGAACUUCGGAGAUGCCGGUGGAUGAUUUAAAUAUAGACUCCGGUCCUGACGUAGGCGCGGAGAGGGCUGACGCGGCGCUGGUGCCCAUGCAGUCGGCGUGGGUGGCUGUGAUGGUGCGCAUGCUGUCUAAGCGACGGCCCAACCAUCUGUGGGAAGCGAUCGCCAGCCUGCUGUCGCGUAUGGAGUCGUCACUGGUGACUUACAAAGCCGCGUGGGAGGUUUGCAGCACCCCACAGCUCACAGAGACGGCCCUCGGCCACACACUCGCGUGGGAAGAGGCUGUAAUCAUGACACUGGCCUUCCUCGAACGGGUCAUGCAGCUACAGACAGCGUUUCUGAGUGCCGUUUGCGGACGCGAUCGGGAGAAGCGACGGGCGUACUAUGCGGGGGUGGAGCUGGCGAUGUUGGAUACGGAUGGGGGGUGUAAUGUCGGGUUGUUCAGUUCAAAUUAUAUUGUUUAUAAUGCGUUUAUAUGUACAUACUAG